GGGACCUUUGGGGUGGGAUCGCAAAAGCUUGGGAAUGGGGAUAUUCUCGAGGAGAUGCAGAUGGGAGAGGAAAAGAGGGAGAGAAGGAGAGGAGCAGGUCUCGACUGCCUCUUCCAGCCUCUAUCCCCAGAUCGUGACCUCCCUGUGCGAAUAGUUUUGGGAGAAAGCAAGCGGGACGCUGGAGAAGUGGGAUAACUUCGUGCCUUCCUUCCUACAGGCCAAGACCCUCAUCUCAUCUCCAGAAGACAACUUUCCUUACCAUCCCACUUUGGUCACAUCAUCCACAACUUCCUAUUCCUCUGCAAUCCACCCAGGAUCCUAUGAGUCAGCAGAGAUGUUCCAGCUCUGGAGCAAUGAGAUGCCAUCAGGUUCCCACACAGCCAUGGCUUUUGGGCUGCCCAAGGUGCCAUAUCAUGGCCAGAUGGUGCCCAGUGGUGGAAACAACUCUAAUAAUGAACUGCCCCUGACACCACCAGCUGAGCCUACCUAUUCUUUCGAAUUGUCCUCUGUGAAGAUGUUGGCCCCUUCAGUGGCCUCUUCAUACACUUUCUCAGAAGCCCAGGACUUCUCCAACUUUUUGCAAGGCCCUCGACCUUUGGGCCCAACGGUUCCUCCAGGGACCACCUCAACUGAUGAUGCCCCAUGGUGGAGCCUGCAGCAACCUAGCAGUUUUUCUCUGGGCCGGCCAUUGGUCUUGAGCCCUCAGCCACCCCUUGCUGCCCUCCUGCAAGGCACCCCCAAGGCGUUGCUGGGCACGGCCCGCCGCUGCCGGCGAUGCAAGUGUCCCAACUGCCAGGCAGUGAAUGGGGUAAAUGAGGAGCCUGGGAGGAAAAAGCAACAUAUCUGCCAUCUGCCAGGUUGCGGCAAGGUCUACGGCAAAACGUCCCAUUUGAAGGCCCACCUCCGUUGGCAUGCAGGCGAGCGGCCCUUCAUCUGCUCCUGGCUGUACUGUGGGAAAAGCUUCACCCGCUCAGAUGAGCUGCAAAGGCACCUCCGGACACACACAGGCGAGAAGCGAUUUGGCUGCCAAAUGUGCCCUAAGAGGUUCAUGCGGAGUGACCAUCUGGCAAAACAUGUCAAGACCCACCAGGGGAAGCGCAUGCGGGGCAUGGCAGUGAUGGCAGCAGCAGCAAUCGGCAUCAAGAGGGAAUGAUAUGGUGGAUGGAUUGGAAGAAAUUGAGCCAGAAGGGUCUAACGGAGAAAGACUUAUGAUACACCUGAGUUCACAUCCCAGCCCUCGAUUCAAUAAGGCUGACCUAUUAACUAGCAUUCAUUUCCUCAAGACUCUGGGUUGAAAGGGGAAUUCUCAAUCAGAAAUAUUUUUGGACCUGUCUCACAGAACUGCAGCCUCUGAGUCAAAUCCAUACCAGGAAGAACCUCUCAUACUUUCAUACUUCUCCAGCUGUCUCAAUUUGACUGGGACAGUCCUGAUUGAUUCAUUGUAAUCCCACUAUUGGGGCAGCUUUUUAAAAGGUCCCAGUUUCUCUUUUCUCUCACCUUCUCUCAUUGCCCUCAGCUUAUUUCAGUUCUACAAACUGAGUUCAAAAGCAGUUGCACUGAAUUAAGCAUAAGAAGAGGUAGGAUCUUUCACGUCCCAGGAGACUGGGGCAAAAACAAACUGCUGCAGCCUCUCAUAGCUUUGUGUGUGUUUGUCAUCAUUAAUAACUUUUGCCAUUUUUCCUUUCCUUUUUACUCUAUGUCCAUGUAAGUAUAAGUCAAGAUUUGUGGGGAAAAUAAGAACAGAAGAAAGGAAGAGAUCAGCAAACACACUCACCAGUCUUCUUAUUGGCUUGAGGAGGACUGAGGCACACCUCUCUCCGUACUGGGAAACUCCCAGAUUUAUCUGUGUUUACAUGGCUGCUGAGAUGACAUCAUAUUUGAGCCAAUGGCAUCACUAGGCAUAUGACUAUGGGGACCUUUGUCCAGGAAGACUGACAGGCUUCAUCCCCACUGCACCGUAACUAAGAUGGAGACACAAACUUUGGCAGUUGCUCUCCUGUGAUGUAUACCUGAAGUAAUAAUUAAAACCACUCAUAUUGAAAAUUACUGUGUCCUUUCACAUGUAGGGGUAGGCUAAAGAGUGUUGCACCCCCAAAGAGGAUCCAUGUUCACCACACAACAUGUAGGUUUGCUAGAUAAAAACUGGAGGUGGUUCCUGUAUCUUUAAUUCUUGGGUAGAAGCAGGAAUGGCAGCUAAUUGUGUGGACAAGCAUCCCCUGCUGAACUCUCUUCUAGAUCUGCAUUAAAGGAACAGGAGCAGCUCUAGUUUUCAAUCUGGGCAUUCUACACAAUAGUAUGUGUGUGUAUUAUGAAUGGAACAGCCUGUUUAAAAUAUUGAUGCCUUUGUUGAUUAUUUAUUCUACUUAUGUACUGACUCCUUUAUAGCCUGCUUUUAUUCCAGUGGGCUAGGAACUGCAGUGGCACAAUGGAAUAAAACCUUGUGCUGGCUGAACUGCUGACCUAAAGGUUGGAUUGCUGACCUGGAGGUUGCCGGUUUGACUCUGUGAGAUGGGUGAGCUCCAGUCUGUCAGCUCUAGCUUGCGGGAACAUGAGAGAAGCCUCCCAGCUAACACAUCUGGGUGUCCCCUGGGCAACGUCUCUGUAAACAGCCAAUUCUCUCACACCAGAAGCAACUUGCAGUUUGUUCUCAAGUCACUUCUGACACAAUCCAAAAAACAAACAAAUGGGCUUAAGCUAGUAUACAAUUGGCCCUCUGCAUCCACAGGUCCCACCAUCCAUGGCUUGAAUUGAUCAAACAAAUACCAAAAAAAGUUGAUUUUGCAACUAUAUGGGGGGUCAUUCUAUUAAGUCAUUGCAUAUCAUGGGACUUGAGCAGUCACAGAUUUUCAUAUAUACAGGGGCACCUGGACCUAAACCCCAGUGGAUAUCAAGAGUACACUGCUUAGAGCAGCACUUCUUUAUAAUUUGCCCAUUAAUAGUUUGAACACAAGCCUGAACUAGACCUGCCACAUGAAGUAAGGUAGACUUGUACAACAUGCGGCCUCAAAAGGAUUUGGUGCAGCCCACAGUCUCUGAGCCUAAGCCUUCGAGAGGGAGGUCAAGUACAGCGCUAUAGCAGAAUAGCCAUCAGAACCCACUAUUUCCUCCUCCAAGUGUUUUACCUCUAUAUGUUUCCUUUCUGUAUGCAUCAAAAUUACCAAACUAACCUGUGACAAAAGAGAUCCCACUGAUAGGUCCAGUCAGAAUGCUGAAAGUGCAUCAGUUGGAAAUAGCCUGGGGAGGUUGUUGGAUUCAGGUUGGAAUAGUGGGGAACAGUAAUAAAAUUUUAAAUGGUAUCAGACCUUCA